ACUGGUCAAAUUGAGCCAAAAAUUCUCACAAAGGACAUAAGAACGUUCGGUGGACUCCGUGUUGGAAUUUCGAUAUCUAUUUGCGACUUUCAAGAAAAUGGUUCAAAGAUUUGGAGUGGUAAAUUUUCAGUCAUGGAACUCAAAGCAUGUGCUGGUGGGCGUUAUAUUGUAACAGCGGAGUCAGAUGCGAAUACUAUCAUAUUUGUAACAAAGCGGCCAGUUGGCUUUGAUAAUUUUGUUAUACAGAUCGAUCCACUCGAAGAUUUAACAGAUUUACCGGAACUUGAUUAUUGCCUUCUGGGACCUUCGACAGUUUUUACGCAAAAGCCUAAAGUUGGAGAGAAAAUUCAGGUCAAUGUAGGUGGAUUAUGGCAUGAUGUCAAAGUUACCGAAGUUAACGAUAAAGAUGUGAAAUAUGUAAACUGGUCGUCGACCGAAAAUUUGGAAGUUUCUGAGGAUGUUAUUUAUUUGGAAGAUUCUGAGGAUGUGAUUGGUUUUUCGGAUGAUAUGUACAUAACUGCUGAAAAAGGUGAAAGAAGAAACUGGUGCCCAUGGAAAGAUGGAAUAACAAAAUGGGACAUCAGACCUUAUCGCUGCCUCCACGUUGGUGAUCUUGUUGAGGCACCUGUAGUAUAUCCGGACUAUAAUUACUGUUACCAUAGUCUUGAGGAGUCGCAAUUAUAUCUUACAGCUCGUAUUAUUGAAGUUGAGG